AUGUUCACCCACGGAGAUCUCUACAGGGAGAAUGUUCUUGUCAGAAAAGUUGCUAAUUCUGUCACCAACGAAGAAGAGUAUGAGGUCGCUGCUCUUGUGGACUGGGAAACGGCUGGAUGGUAUCCUUCAUACUGGGAAUACGCUCAUAUCUUUCUUUUAUUACAGUGGAUUGACGACUGGCCAGAAUAUGUUGAGAAGGUUCUCGAUCCUUUGCCGCCAGAGGACGCCAUGAUGCGGGUUGUUUUCAAUUAUCUGGAGUUCUAA